AUGAACAAGAUGAAAAACUUCAAGCGGAGGUUUUCACUCUCGGUUCCUCGGACGGAGACCAUCGAGGAGUCACUGACGGAGUUCACGGAGCAGUUCAACCAGCUCAACAACCGGAGGAAUGAAGACCUGGCUCAAGGGCACCUGCAGCUGGGACACCUGGGCAGGGACUUCCGAGCAGACACCAGCCCCAUCUCCCCCUCCGAGGUGGAAGGCCAGUCUCCGAUGGCCGUGCGCUACCGCAACAACAACCAGCGCCGCUUCUCCAUGGAGGACGUCAGCAAGCGUCUCUCCCUGCCCAUGGACAUCCGCUUGCCCCCCGAGUUCUUGCAGAAGCUGCAGAUGGAGAGCCCGGAGUUCCCCAAACCCCUCAGCAGGAUGUCCCGGCGGGCUUCCCUCUCAGAUAUUGGGUUUGGGAAGCUGGAAACCUAUGUUAAACUGGACAAACUGGGAGAGGGCACUUACGCCACUGUCUUCAAGGGCCGCAGCAAGCUGACCGAAAACCUCGUUGCCCUGAAGGAAAUCCGCCUGGAGCACGAGGAAGGGGCACCUUGCACGGCCAUACGGGAAGUGUCGCUGCUGAAGAACCUGAAACACGCCAACAUCGUGACCCUGCACGACAUCAUCCACACCGAGCGCUCCCUCACCCUCGUCUUCGAGUACCUGGACAACGACCUCAAACAGUACCUGGAUAACUGCGGGAACCUAAUGAGCGUGCACAACGUGAAGAUCUUCAUGUUCCAGCUGCUGCGUGGUCUGGCUUACUGUCACGGGAGAAAGAUCCUUCACCGAGACCUCAAACCCCAGAAUUUGCUCAUCAACGAGAGAGGAGAGCUCAAGCUGGCUGACUUCGGACUAGCCAGAGCCAAGUCAGUCCCUACGAAAACAUAUUCCAAUGAAGUGGUCACACUGUGGUACCGGCCCCCCGACGUCCUGCUGGGAUCCACCGAAUAUUCCACACCCAUCGACAUGUGGGGUGUUGGGUGCAUCCACUACGAGAUGGUCACCGGCCGGCCCAUGUUCCCCGGCUCCACGGUGAAAGAAGAGCUGCAUUUGAUCUUCAGGCUGCUGGGAACCCCAACAGAAGACACCUGGCCUGGAAUAACAUCCAACGAGGAGUUUAAGGCUUACAAUUUCACGCAGUACCGAGCCCAGCCAUUAAUAAAUCACGCCCCAAGGCUGGACUCUGAAGGCAUUGACUUGCUGAUGAACCUCCUCCUGUAUGAAGCCAAGGGCCGGGUUUCGGCGGAGGCAGCCCUGCGGCACGCUUACUUCAAGAGCCUGGGAGAGCGGGUGCACCUCCUGCCCGACAACGUCUCCAUCUUCUCCCUGAAAGAGAUCCAGCUUCAAAAGGACCCUGGCUACCGAGGCUCAGCAUUUCAGCAGUCAGCCCGAGGGAAGAACAGGAGGCAGAGUAUAUUUUAAACUUGGAUCUCGCAUUCCCCUUGUCACCAUGGAGAUCAAAGCACUGAGAAAGGAGACAGCAACACGCUCCCACCUGACCCACCGCAGAAUUACUGACUCGAGCAGGAUGAUGCUGAAGCGCCCUUGGCUGCAGGCUCUCCCUUGCCCAUCCCCACAACCACAGCCCCUAGCAGCUGCUGUUGAUGGACCUGUGGCCUUUUUCCCCUCUUGUUUCCAUGUUGCCCCCAUCAGACAUGAGCUCCCACCCUCUGUGCAGGUGCUCUGGUGAGGGGCUGCCCCGGGCAUUGGCCGGAGCGCAGGAUCGCGUGCUGACCCAGGGAACCACUUGCUGCCCUCAGGGAGUGGGGGGAGCCGGGCACGGGGAGGUUUUGUGAGCAGAGAAUGGUAUCUCCAAAGCUGGGCUGUGGAUCGUAGCGUUCGGCCCAGGCAGGCAUUUCUGAAAACGCACCUUUGCUCAGACAACCUGCUCUGCACCCCUUAUUUCUUGGGGACACACUCUGCAGCCACGUUACGAGCUGGAGGCAUGACCCAACCUGGCAGUGGCGAGACUGCACCUGAAGCACAAAACCCAGGGCAGCCCUCCCUUCCUUGCCCUUGCCUCUGCCUACGUAACCCCUUUUUCUCUCCCCAUCUUUGGUACCUGAGUCCUGACAAGGAUGGAGCAGCUGGGUGGAGGGGGGGGGCUUCCCAUUGCUUCCCCCAGCAUCUCCCCCCUCCUUGCCACCACUGUGUUUCCAAAUUCAGCCAGCUGACUGCUCCCCAGGGGCUGAGCAAGGGCUGGCUUAGCCCACCUGGGGUGCGGGUACCUGCUGCUAGGGCUGCGUGGAAGCAGGGACAGACGAGCAUCAGCUCCGUGCUGCCUCCCCUUGCUGCGCCGAGCCCUUGGGCCAGCCUUUCCCGGGCACUGAUGGGGCAGCCCCUUUGUCAUCACGCCCCCCCCCGCCCCCCCCAAGCCUGUGACCCUCUCUGCCAUCGUCACACGGGGCAGGACGCCGUUCCCAGCCGCUGUCUCAGGAGCUCAUCUCCCCCCGUCCUGUCGCUGAGCCCCACGCGACGUGGCGGAGCCCGAGCCGCUCAGCCUCUCCGUACCAAAGUGUUGCGCACACCCACCUCAGUGCAUUUCUACCCGGAGGAAGGGGGAGAGGUGCCAAACCUCCCACAGCUCAGCUGUGGGGACCAGAAAUAGACCCAGAGAGAAGCAAAUCAUCCCUCAAACCUCGUCGCCCGGCCUCUACAUUUGUAGCCAGCGCCAGAUCGUACCAGCCCUGACUCAGAUCGAUGCCGUGGGACUGAGGAGCGUGCUUAGAUCUGAGCGUGCUUUGCUGGCCGAGGGCUGCUCCUGGUGCAUUUUCCCCUCCGUUCACUUCAAGAACGUGCCAAAUCCAUCCUGAGCGAAGAGGCCCUGCUGCACUUCUCCCCCACAGCCUGCAAACAGCCUGAAAUGUCUUCAAGUGUGUGAGCGUUGCAAGAAGUCUCUCUACUGUAUAAUAUUCACGAAUUUUUCUUGGCUGUCCUGGGUGACUAGUCCUCUCGCCCACCAGUCCUCCAGCCCAUGGAUGUGGCCAGGAGACUCUGGAUUUGGCAGGUGUUGGGACUGUCACCUGGGACUGGGACUGGCAGGACAUGCUGCUGUCUUAACCCUUCAUGCUCCCAGCCUGGGAGGCAUUGCUCAGGGGAUGGUAACUUUCCAUGCCACUGUUUCCCCAUCGAGCAGGGAGUGAUCUCUGUUUUCUGCUUUGCUGUGCAGCAUUUCUUCUGUGAUCCUCAGAAAACGCAAAGCGUGAGGAUAAAAAAGGAGACCCUGGAGCUCCCCAAAGCUUCUGGGGUGACUCCUCCCUGUGCCAGUGCUCGAUGCGAUGCGCUCUCUGAGCUUCCCCCAUCAGACCAAAGCUGUUAAUUCGGGUUUGUCCUAGACAAGCAUCCAGACGUCUGCAUUGUUUGAGGUUUGCCCAUCCCUGCUCAGUUCCCUUCUCAGUAUGUCCAGCGUACAGCAGGCUGAAUAGUUCAUUAAUUGUUUCCAUUUGAUAGGGAAGAGCUUGAAUCGCCAUCAGCCACCAGUGACGCAUUUCACCCUGGUGUCAGAGCAGUGUUUCGCAUGGUGCCCUACCCCCGGCUCCUGCUGCCGUGGGGCUUUUUGGUAGGGAGGUUCACAAAGGGAGGUGUUGGCUGGAGUUAGUCUGAACUCUCACACUGUCAUCUAUUCUUUCACAAAGGCAUUUUAUGCAGGAAUUUCCUUGGCAUGGCAGGGAUCUGUGGUGCAGACUCGCUUUUCCCAAGGCAGCCAGCUGCCGUCAGGAAUUAGCAGCUCAGCAGGCAGGCAGGCCAGCUCACGGGCGCAGUGUCUCCCGUGCCCCUGCGGCACCACCCUCAGGUACAUGGGGCGAAGAGUUCUGAUGUGUCUGGGGGGCCGGAGCCCCCGCUGGGGUCUGUGAGCACAGGCCGGACAAGGGGGAGCAGGAACCCCUUCCACCCGCUCCUGGGAAGCCCGUUCAGGACAUGUUUGACCCGUCUUCGUGCUGUUUUCUUGCUCGGGGCUACCAUCCCCGUGCUCUGAGAUUGCCGUGGGCAUGAAGCUUGCUGGGGCAGAGGGUGCCCAGCCGAGCCGUCCCACUUCCACACUGGGAGGACAGAGGCAGACCACACCAGACCAGAUUGGUGUGGUCUCAGCUCUCCGCCCCCGUAAGAGUAUUCCUGCUGAAGGGCAAGGUCACCUAUGGAAACUGCUGGGGAGAAACGUUGGGGAAAAGACCUAGCAAUGACCGUGUAGACAGGACUGUUUUACCCAGGAUCAGAUAGCAAAGACAAAGGACCUGUUAGCUGCUGUUUAUUCUUUCGUAGCCUUUGCCUUUCCUCCUACAAAUCCUCCCUAUAGGAGACACUAUUAUUUAUUAGCCCUGUGCGCUACUAACAGCCUGAAUUGAAGAUAACCCCUUUUGUUCCACUGCGUUUAGUGGAUAUUUGAUCUCUAUUCAGGAGGGCGAUAGUGUGUGUAAAUAUGUGGUACCCCGCUGAACAAGGUUUGAUUUACAAGCUCCCGUCACUCCUGUGCUUGCACGUGUCAGCUGGCAGAGCCCCGAGUGUCUGAUCUCCCACGGCACGCUGCCCGCCGAAGCCUUCCCGGCUGCGAAGAAAAGGAGCUGCAGGUUGGCAGCGAUUAGAGCCCGGAGCCAAAUCCCCCCUUCUCCAUCUCCUGGAGAGCGUUACGGUCCCCCUGAGGACCGCGGGGUCCGGCUGGCUUUGUGAGGACCAACAUCCCUUGGAUUCCCCAGUUUAUAAAAGCCCCGAGCAGAGGGGGACCCUGCUCCUCGCACAGGCAGAAAUUCUGCAGCGGGGCUCCCGCUGCCGAUGGCAUCGCUCCCUGCCUGCUCCCACAGCACAUCCCCGGACAGGCUUUCCCCAGUUUUUGGAGCCUGGCUCCCCGGUUGGAUUUUUAAAGUAGCUUAAUGAAAAUGCUGGGAAUGUCUGUGGCUCUCCAGCAUUUUUUUUCAUUUCAUGGGUGCUCCCAGCCACCACUUUGCAGAGUAGCUGGCUUGCCUUGCAGAUGGGGAGCUUUGGCAAAAGGAAACUGUUGCUUUGUCUUCCAGACAUUUUCUUGCCUUUUUUUUUUUUUUUUUUUUUUUUUUUACCAGUUCUGGUCAAAAAUGGAGUUUUGGCUGUACCCUCAGGAAAGGCUGUAUCCUUUCAUCUCUCCGGCUGAUAACUAGUUAAAGAAAUGUAAGUAAAUAAUAUGUAAAGCAAUGUCUGUGUUCUGGGACAAUAAAAUUUACAGGCAGAGCUAUUUCAUUUCGCUCUCUCCAUACACACACGCCUUUCCUGGCCCAACCCAUUGCCAGAUCUAUGUUAAGAUUUUAAAUAACAAAACUACAUUGUAUCUUGGAGACCAAGGACAAAAUAAGUGGAUUUUUUUCCUCUCCCUUACACAUAAUGAAAAAAAAAAAAAGAGUAAUUAGGAGACCAUUUUCCCAAGCUUCUCAAAUGUUUUGGGUUUUUAGGUUUUCUGUUUUGUUUUGUUUUUUUCCAUGACUUCUCUUCAGUCAGAAACAAGGCUAGCAUAAAACAGGAGCCCAAGCUCCCCAAGCAGGCUGGGAACAGGCAGGUGGGAAAACAUUUGAGGAAGGAUCUAACCCGCCGGACUGAGUAACAGAAAAGGUUUUGUGUGUGUGUCCCGGAGCACGGGGAGGGGUCCGGCACUGGGGGUGGGAGCCAGCCCAGCCGUACGUGGCCAAACUCUGCUUCUCAAGGCCGGGUUUGCUCCGAGCGCGGGGCCAGCGAUGGCCGAGCGGGUCCCGCAAGGGCCGAGGGGUCUUGACCCCGAAAUGCCAGAGGUUAAAAGGUGAUCUCACCCCCCCAAAAGCUGCGGCUCUGCCUGGCCGCCCCACUGCCCCGUCCCGGUACACUCGAGUCCUGCAAGAAACACAUUUGAGUGUCCCCUUAGUGCUCCCCACUAGCGAUGUCUGGGCACCAACACUAUGAAACCCCCUUUCUGGUUCCCUCAUUGCCUUCUUCCACCCUCAGCAUCAAGCUUGUCCUACAGCAGGAAAAAUAGAUCCAAGCGGCCAGGAUACCCAUACUGUGAAUGUUCUCUGGUGUCUUUCAUUUGCAGAAUACCAAUAAUAUAUUUAACUAGCAUUGUACAAACGAAAGAUGCAUUUUAAAAGAAAUGAUUUUAAAGAUUUAUUCCAAAAGAAGCAAUGAUUUUUUUAUAGAAAGUUUUUCUGGAAUAAAUGGAAAGGUACAAAAGAAAAAAAAUAAAUAAAGGAUUGUAUCCAUCUAUCAAUCUUGUGUCUGAAUGUUUUAUAAGAAUAUUUCAAUUUUUGUAUUUCAGAUGUGACAUGGACUAGUUUGUGGAUGUGCUCAUUUUAUUGCUAAGGCUUCUACUACAGUCGUAUUGUGAACGCUCCAAAGCCAAGAUUGUACAAUAAACCUUACUGAAUACAGGAUAGUUUUGUACAGGA